UUCUGUAAUUUGCAUUGAAACUUGUCUUCGGCAAUGAAAGAUGACGUAAAAUGGGUACGCGAGAACACAACUACAGUGAAGUACGCAUAUUGAGAAGCACCCAAGGACGCCUUUAACAAUCUCCCCAAAAGCAAAAAAGAAAUGUUCCACUCGGUUGUCAUAUGACCUGUGUCCGAAGAAGACAUGCAGAUUUGCACGCCGUGAUUGGUCCGAUAUGUGCCGGCUUUAGCCAAUCGUCAUCAGUGGGUGUCGGCUGCGCUAAGCUUGCCUGAGAGCUCACGCGCUCUGUGCUUGUUAAUUAGAGACGGUGGCGCUGCGGGGCGGUGUGGGGCUUGUAUGCUCAGAAAUUGGGAAGUCUUAUCAUCUGACUGACCGACGGCUGGACGACAGCAGGCGAACAUCGCAGCUCCGACGCUGGCUUGAAUUGCGGGAUAGCUGGGUCAGAAGGAUCCCACGGUUCUGAGACGCGCCCCCCCUCGUCGCCGUUCUCCCCAACGCCGGUGGAUUUUCGCCGCCGCCCGGGAGAUGCUCUGAGAUCGCGCCCCGCCGCUGACCGCGGUCCGUUUUCCGUGCACGGAGUCGGUUCGGUCCGGACGCGCUGAAAUGAGAUGAGGCUCAGAAAUGGGACUGUUGCCACUGCGGUUAUAUUCCUGACGUCGUUCCUGAGCCUGUCCUGGUACACAGCCUGGCAGAAUGGCAAAGAGAAGCUGAUAGCCUACCAGCGGGAGUUUCAUGCCUUAAAAGAGCGCCUCCGUGUGGCAGAGCACCGCACACUGCAACGCUCCACGGAGCUGAACAACAUCCUGGAGCAGUUCAGGCGUGCUAUCGCAGAGACCAAUGGCAGCAGGGACACCCUCAGCAACUUCUCAGUUGAAACCCAGAAGCUGCUCAAGGAACUGGCCCACAAGAAACCUCUCCAGGUGCCAAACAUCUACUAUCAUCUGCCUCACCUUCUCAACAACGAGGAGAGCCUCCGCCCGGCCGUACAGGUGGGGCAGGGCAGGACCGGGGUCUCCAUGGUGAUGGGGAUCCCCACGGUGCGGCGGAAGGUGAAGUCGUACCUGGCGGAGACGCUGCACUCGCUGGUGGACAAGCUUUCAGCAGAAGAGCGGCAGGACUGUGUGCUGGUGGUGUUCGUGGGGGAGACGGACACAGACUAUGUGCGCAGUGUCGUCGAUGACCUGGAGAAGGAGUUCUCCACGGAGUUCAGCUCUGGUCUUCUAGAGGUCAUCUCCCCGCCAGCCAGCUACUACCCUGACCUCAACAACCUGAAGGAGACCUUCGGCGACUCCAAGGAGCGAGUUCGGUGGCGGACAAAACAGAAUCUGGACUACUCCUUCCUGAUGAUGUACGCAGUGAGCAAGGGCGUGUACUAUGUACAGCUGGAAGAUGACAUCGUCGCCAAGCCCAAUUACUUCGCCACCAUGAAGAACUUUGCUGUUCAGCUCGCCUCCGAGGAUUGGAUGAUCCUGGAAUUUUCUCAACUCGGAUUCAUCGGGAAGAUGUUCCAGGCUCCAGAUCUCAAUCUCAUUGUGGAGUUCAUCUUCAUGUUCUACAAGGAGAAACCCAUCGACUGGCUGCUCGACCACAUUCUCUGGGUCAAAGUCUGCAACCCCGAGAAGGACACGAAGCACUGUGAGAGACAGAAAUCCAGUCUGCGAAUCCGCUUCCGGCCCUCCUUGUUCCAGCACGUGGGACUGCAUUCCUCUCUGGCUGGAAAGAUCCAGAAGCUUACGGACAAGGACUUCCUGAAGCCGCUGCUCCACAAGAUCCACGUGAACCCACCUGCAGAGGUGUCCACCACGUUGAAGGUGUACCAGGGCCACACGCUGGAGAAGACCUACAUGGGGGAGGACUUCUUCUGGGCCAUUAACCCCACUGCUGGUGACUACGUCCUUUUCAAGUUCGACCGGCCUGUCAGCAUUGAGAGGUAUCUGUUCCGCAGCGGAAAUCAGGAGCACCCUGGUGACAAGAUUGAGAACACCACAGUGGAGAUUCUGCCGUUCUCGGACACUGGACUACAGACCAAAUACAAACAGACAGAGGAUCAUUUCUACAGAAUCGGGCAUUUUGAGAACGGCAUCGCAGAAGCGUCUGUCGAUCCCACCUUAAACCCCGUGGUGGCACUACGCCUCUCCGUGCUUCAGGACUCUGCCGUGUGGGCCAUCUUGAGUGAGAUCCACAUCAAGAAAGUGGCCACUUAGUUGGCCUCCAGCCAGAAGGGGGCACUGUGGGGCCUCUCCCAGGCAAGGGGACGUCGACAGAAAGCCCUCCUGUGGCACUUCCUGCCAAACACUGAAUGCCGCUCCCAAGCUCUACCUCGAGCGAAUGUGAACACUACUGUUAAAAAAAAAAAAAAAAAAAUACUCGAGGGAAAAUUCCCAAGACGUGUGACGCAGGUGUGGGUGCUUAAGUGGAAGGGUGUCUCAUUGCUGAAGGCGGGGGAGGGGGCACUUUGUAUGUUAUUGCACUAAAAGAGGAGCAAUAGGAGAAGCAGACUGCCUGCGAGAACGAAGACAUACUGAUAGGUAUGCUGCUGGUGAUGUGACUGCUGGUGAUGUGGCAGCUGUCUCCAAAUAUUUGCCAUUAUCUUUAGUGGGUGAAGGCUAACUUUGUGUAAAUAUUAUAUACAUACAUUUUUGUUUGUUUGCCAAAGUGUUGCUUUAAGUGGAAAAUCUGAGUUCUGACCUUAGUCCAGUCAAUCUCGUUCAGCUCUGAUUGUAAAUAGAAAUCCAUUGUACCCAAUUUAAGUCUGUGCGUGGUCAUAGGUUUAAUCAUUUGCUUCUUUUAUGCAGUACUUGAUGAUCAGACCUUAUUUACUUUCACAGAAAGACUAAGGCCCAUCAGCUAUGCGGAAUAACCUUGAGGAGGAACUGCACUUUUAUUUAUUGACUUGUAUUAUUUAUACAAGUGUUUUUUUCUACUUUUUGUGAAGAACUUGACGGAUGUUUCAUAUUUUUUUUCUCUUGAACGAAUGGUCUUGAGGCUUUCUGCAACAUUUGCAGCUCACUGCGGUACUGGAGUGGGUGUGUCUCAAUGCCUGUGCCUUAACUGACACACCCCCCGUAAGGGGCGGGGCCUCGCUCUGUAUAGUGUACCGCGUGGGGGGAGGGGGGGGUGCAGGAAGGACAGAGGCGGUUUGUUUUUUUUCCUCUCCUUAUGUACCUUUUUUGUAAAUGUAAAAAUAAGCCUGCCAUGUCAUUCAGUGUCAAAGUAGCCAUUGCCCAUUUCCCAGAAAACCUUGCUGCACUGCAGUCACAUGAUCCUGAUGCGUGUUGUCGCUAACGUGCCUGCUCACUUUGAGCCGAAGGAUGGCGACCUGGGGUUUGACUAUGUUCGAAGUUGCUUGUCUUACCGAUGAUGUCCAGGCGAGGUCACCUGAUCAUAGACGACUAAAUGAGAAUGAAAACAAAUACAUAUUCAGAAGGGAAGCCAUGUUUUAACGAUAAGUGUAUGAUGUGUGAUCAAAUGGUGCUCUUGUAUUGAAGGGUAGGGUCUGACUGGGGAAGAGUUUUGUAUAAAAUUUAAGUUAUUCUUUCCAAUUGAUGAGCAAAGUGGUGGUUUCCUUAGUGACACCCCUGACUCCUCCCUAUUGCCAGGGAUCAGCCCCUCCCCCCCAGCUCAAACUCCUGAAUCAUCAGUCAUAUGCUUGUGAGCUUCAGCAAGGUAAAGGUGGGGAGGGUUGUUGCACACGGCCUCCAGCAACCCCGAGCAGGUUCCGUGCCUUCAUCACUAUAUCAGAGAUAUUCCAUGGAUAUUGCAGAAAUAAAGUAGGAAUUGUUCCCA